AUGGGACAUACUUAUAGUGCAGACGGCAUUGCAACUUCCGGCACUUACCAGUCAACGGUUUCAACGGGUCGCGAUUUAUUUGCAGCCAAAUUCACAGCCGCCGGUGUUCGUUUGUGGGGCACCUACUACGGCGGUACCGGCUUAGAAACUUCCGGCAGUAUUUGUGUCUCGGGGACCUCUGUGUACAUAGUAGGGAACACGGUAAGUACAGGGCUUUCUUCAACCGGUGCUCAUCAGCAGACAGUGGCAGGCAGUAACGAUGGUAUCCUUGUAAAGCUGGACGGAGCCAAUGGUGCCCGGACCUGGGCCACCUAUUAUGGGGGCGCCGGCAGUGAUAAUAUAAGUGCGCUGGCUGUAGAUGCAGCCGGCAACGUUUAUAUCGGGGGCAGUACGCCGUCAACAUCUACAACCGGUAUCGCUACCACCGGUGCUUUACAAACGGCGCCUUCCGGCACCGGUGACGCAUUUGUAGCAAAGUUUAAUACCAACGGGGUGCGGCAAUGGGGCAGCUAUAUUGGUGGUCCGGGCACGACUGAUGUGGUGUUCGGCAUUGCGGUGGAUGCUACCGGUAAUGUAUAUCUUUCAGGACAUACCAACAGUACAGCUGGCAUUGCCGCAGGUGGUGCUACCGAUAUGUUCCUCAUGAAGCUGAAUAGCAGCGGAACGACCAAACUAUGGGGUACUUAUUGGGGCGGUGAUGGAGGAGACCUAAACCGGGGCCUGCUCAUUGGCCCAGACGGUAACCUGGUAACGGCUGGUUUUACCGGAACGGCUGCUGCUGUAGGUAUAUCCAAUGGCCUGGCCUCUGCCGGCGCUUACCAGACAACGCCCUCUGGCGAAAGAGAUCUUGCUUUCAGCAAGUUUACACCGGAUGAAAACAUCACCAUUUCUCCAUGCGGACCCGGCGGCGGAUGCCCUGUACUUGCCAUUAAAAUGCUGACACCGCAAGGCUGCCCGAAAGUAUUCGGUGAGCAAGAAGUGCAAUUAUUUGUAAGUGGAAUCAAUGCAGCGGAUUAUAACUUUAGCUGGACGCCUGCCAACAUCAUGGACAACGCGUCUGCAUCGACCGUAAAUAUUACUACGGCAGCUGCAACAACCGUUAAUGUAACAGUGGCCAAUAAGUACACGGGGCAGACCUGUACCGCGCCUCCAUUAUCCAUAAAUAAUCCGGCCUGGUCAAAACCGAUGAGCCGCGAAGUACCCAUUGGCCAGUCGGUGCCAUGGACGAUCACGCUCAAUAGUCAGGGGCCGGUAAAUGGCGUGCAAUGGGGUAUGUGGAUCGAUUGGAAUGCAGAUGGCACUUUCGAUAAUUUCUACAAUGGCAGCGCAAAUACAGCUUCGCCGACUCCGGUAACCGUCAACGUUACAGCGCCCUCAAACGCCAGCACUGGAUUUGUGGUACGCCUCGGUGUAAAAGGCCCGGGUACCGCAUUUACAGCUGCGGACUAUAACACCACGAUUGCCAAUGGUGAAUGGGAAGAUUAUAUCCGCACAAGCCCGCUUCCGGUAGACUUGUUGUAUUUCAAUGCGAUGACGACAGGUUGUAACAGCGAGGUUAGCUGGGCCACCGGCAGCGAACAUAAUAGCAGCCAUUUUGAAGUGGAACUGAGCAGUGAUGGUAUGAAUUGGAAGACGAUGACCACUAUUGAAGCCGCAGGUUUCUCGGGUGUUGAGCAAACCUACGGUGCGACUAUUUCGCUCCUGAAAGGUGUUAAUAAUUACCUGCGUUUGAAGAUAGUGAACAAGGAUGGCGCCGUAGAAUAUAGUAUGAUACGUGUGUUACGUUGUGACGGCCAGCAGCCAAUACUUGUAUGGCCUAACCCAGCUAAGACACAAGUGCAGCUGAGUGGUUUGCCGGAAGGAAGCCGGAUUCAAAUGGUUGAUGCUACGGGCCGCUUGGGCUUCGACAAAGGAGCAGCUCGGGGUUAUUAUGGAAAUCCUCAGACUGCUGUAGCAAGUCACCAAAUUCCUCUUUAA